AUGAGCUCACGACAACUCGGUUUCAUGCUUAUUGUCAGCACAUUUUUCGCAGGGGUGUGCUCAAGAUACGCAAACAAAGAGAAAGAUGACUUAAUGAAGAUAUGUGGACGAAGAGGAGUGCAGAAUACCGUUUCUGAGCGAAUUAUUAAUGGUACCGAAGCGACUCCUGGCCACUGGCCGUGGAUGGUGGGACUGUAUACUGCAGAAGACCAAUUCACUUGUGGUGGCGUUUUAAUAAGCCGCCAGUUUGUUUUAACUGCUGCUCAUUGCUAUAGGGACAAGAACACUACAGGCUAUCUUUCAGUUCGCCUGGGAAGUACGAAAAAAACAAAUUAUACCGUGCAUUGUGAACGAAACACAGACACCUAUCUAGAAAGAAGCGACGCAACAGUCAUCCAUGACGAUCUGGAAGACCAGGUCAUUUGCAUGGAAGUCGAUCACGUCUGUGUACCCUUACAGGACAACUGUACCCUUUUUAUGAAAGACCUUGCACUAUUGAAAUUAAAAGAACCGGUCAAUUUUACAACGUAUAUUCGCCCAAUCUGCCUUCCUGAAUACUGCGAAGAACCGCCUGCAAAUGCCAGCAUCUACGGUGUGGGCUGGGGCACAGUUUAUGAAUAUUAUGAGAUGGAUGAAUCAUUAAACGAAACAGAUGAAGACGUCAAAGAUUUCGUGGAUUAUGAGAGUUCCGCAGAAGAAACAAACGAUACGUCAUCAUCGGAACUGGUGGGCUUUUUGGGAUUUUUUCACCCAGAAACCUUGAUGGAAAGAAAUAUAUCCUUAAUUACUAACGAACAGUGCGAACGACGACUUGCCACAACUGUUCCAAAUUACGUCCUAUGCUCCAAUGGGGGAACAUGUUACCUGCUGACCAAAACGGUUGCACUCCUUAUGGAGGGCUAG